UCCCGCUGUUCCCGCCGCUGCCGCCAUGGAAGAGCAGAAGGAGAACCGCCCGGAGGCCGCCCCGGACGAGGCGCCGGCGCCGCCUGCCCCCGCAGCCUGCCCGCCGAGUAGGCAGCAUUGUAGGAUCAAUGAUCAAGAAACUAAUGGCAAAACAUCAUCUGCCAGUUCAAAUGACUUCAGUGAUCCUGUUUACAAAGAAAUUGCUAUAACUAAUGGUUAUAUCAACAGGAUGACCAGAGAAGAGCUCAGAAGUAAGCUUGCCGAGUUCAAGCUGGAAACCAGAGGAGUGAAAGAUGUACUGAAAAAGAGACUGAAAAACUAUUAUAAGAAACAGAAGCUGAUGCAGAAGGAACAGAUUAGUGGACAGAGCUGUUAUGACUACAUCUGUGUUGUUGACUUUGAAGCAACAUGUGAAGAAGGAAACCCACCUGAAUUUGUACAUGAAAUAAUUGAGUUUCCUGUUGUCUUAGUAAACACACGUACCCUGGAAAUAGAGGAUAGCUUUCAGCAAUACGUGAAGCCAGAGAUUAAUCCCAAGCUUUCAAACUUCUGCAUCAAUCUGACAGGAAUAACCCAGGACAUUGUUGAUAAAGCUGAUACUUUUCCUCAAGUUCUGCAGAAUGUCGUGGAGUGGAUGAGACAGCGAGAGCUGGGAACAAAGUACAGCUAUUCCAUGUUGACAGACGGAUCUUGGGAUAUGAGUAAAUUUUUGAACAUCCAGUGCCGUAUUAGCCGUAUCAAAUACCCUUCUUUUGCCAAAAAGUGGAUCAAUAUUCGCAAAUCAUAUGGGAACUUCUAUAAGGUUCCUAGGAACCAGACCAAGCUGACAAUCAUGCUUGAAAAGCUGGGCAUGAAUUAUGAUGGGAGACCUCACAGUGGACUUGAUGACUCUAAAAACAUUGCAAGGAUAGCUAUAAGGAUGCUGCAGGAUGGCUGUGACCUGCGAGUGAAUGAGAGAAUUCAUGGUGGACAGCUUAUGACAGUCUCCUCCUCAGCCCCCUUAGAGGGAGCCCCUGCUCCACAGAUGCCCCGCUACAGAAAUUAGCAAUUCAGCAGUUCUGCCUCAGGAACUGCCCUCAGAUGCCCUCUAAAGACUGUGUAGAGGUUAUUAAACAGCCACCUUUGCCAGCUUGUCUGCCAUGCAGAAUUCUAAAGCACCUUAACUAAUCAUCUCCGUUGAAAUAAAGAGGAACGUGGAGCUCUUUGAAGCCUGUUACAGCAAUUUUUUUUAUACUGAUGAUUUUUGUUUUUUCAAACUUUGCUAGAACCAAGGUUGAUAUGCGGAAUCCCUAAGCUUUUGAGAGCAUGUAAUUUAAACACCUGCAAAGAUGGAUUGCUGCCGUUCCACCCCAGCCUGUGGGUCGUAUUUAUUCACUGUGCUGUACUCUAAUCAUAUCUAGCAUCUGCUUAUUCAUUGCACACAAAUAAGCCACUGCUGGGAGAACUGAAAUAGCAAGUGGUCGGGCUGGCCUUUCCUGAUAAGGCCCUCUUCCAGGAGUUCUUGCCAAUUUUUUUUGUUUUUUACAAAGUCUGGGAGAAAUGGGAGCAUGCUCAUCAACUCUAAAGCAGUAGAGAAGUACUCUGGUGUUCAGGGCUUUUCUUUAAGGGAUAUGUUUGUCUCCUUCCCCAUCAAAUAGAAGAGUUGUGUAUUGAAUAAAAAUUUUGUUAAUACAAUAUGAUAGUACUUUUUUUUAACCUCUAUUUCAAAAGAGAAGGUUCUUCAGAUUUUCACUUUGAGGAUCACAUCUGUUCCUGCUAUACUCAUAGCUGCCCUUCAUUUAAUGUCACUUUUAGACACUGUCAGCCAUUUGGGCUUAAACAUGAGUGAAGUAAAAGUAAGUUCAAAACAUGCCAGAUCAUCAAAAUUUCAUGCUCUGUGAUUAUCACAUAAAACAGGAAGGUUCUGGUUCAUAGCUAAAAACAUCCUCAACUAUUUUUGGUAUCUUCUUGUGCUUCUACCACCUCUAUCUCAAGAUCUAAUGUUGGAAGAUUAAUAUAAUUUUAUUAGUAAAGGCCACAGCUAAUUACUAACAACUUCUGCUUACUUCCCAGGCCUCAGAUAGGAUGAUAUUCAAAAGAGGCCAAAGUGUUAAUUUGUUUUGUCUCCAUGGGCUGUUACAAAGUUACAACAUUAAUGUAAUCAGCUUUGCAUUAGAAUGGCUUGCUCUAAAAAGCAGAAUGAUGCAUUUUGGUUGCUCAAAAAAAAAAAAAAGUUAGUUUGCUAUCCCUGUAUUACAAUUCAUUCUUUCUACCACUUUACAUUCAGGAAGCAAAAUAACUAGUUAAUAAAGCUUUGUUAAGAACAUUCACUGUUGACUAAUCAAACUUGUCCCAGCCCCUCUUUGCUCUUCUGACUGUUAAAUCGCAUCAAUGAAAAUGUGAAAGCUUUUAUUUUAAAUUCGUGUAAGAAGGAGAUGUAUUGGCCAAUUCUUAUUUGCUUCAUAUGUUUUCUUUCCAGAGUCACAGAUUUGGAUAGUCACAACUGCUUUGACUGCUUUAGAAUGAUGUUCCUUUUUUUUUUUUUCCCAAAAGCAAUUACUUGUUCUAUUUGUAGAGUUUUGUUGAACUUAACAGUUUCUUUUCCUUCUGUAGCCACACUUGAUGGAUUUUCAGAAGGGAAAAAUCCAAAUCUCUGAUGUUCUUACUCCUAAAAUACCAUUUAUCUGUCAGCCCAUAUUUUGUACAAAUUCUUAUAUAUGUGCUUUUCACUGUAGCAGCCAUAGUAUCCUCUUUUCUGAAUAACCAUGGUAAUUUACUUUUUUUUUUGACUCUGAGUUACUGUGUGCAGGUUUCUAUGAUGAAAUUGAGUCUAGCUCAGCAGAUCUUCCCUUGGCAUGCUGGCUGCCAGAGACUUUAUCACUAGUCUUUUAUUUACAGGUCUGUAACCAGGUUCACAGUUGAAGGAAAAACUUUUAUUUGUUACAGAUUAUACUACGGGUUGCAUAAGAGCUUUGUAAUUUUACAUCGUUUAUUUUAAGUACAGAGUUGUUUGUUUUUGUUAAAUAACUUCAAAAAGAUAUUUUGAGAUAAAGGUUAAAUAAUAAUUGUUUUCUGUUUACUACUUGGGUAGGUUAGUGGGUUUUUUUGUGAAUGAGUUGCAGAAAUCAGUAAAAUCAUUCCAGAUGCUAUUUCGUCCAAGUUGGAUUAAUGUUAGUUGUAACUAUUUUCGCAGAAUAUUUGAGUCUGUGAUUUUGAGAUAAAGUGAAUUUUAACAAAGUUUGCUGGUUUGCUUGAAAUGUAAACAAACUAUUAAAAUAAUUUUGCAUUUUGAAA